GUGCUUUUCUUAUUCCCUAUAUCCUCUUCCUAAUCAUUGCUGGAAUGCCCCUGUUCUAUAUGGAAUUAGCACUGGGACAGUAUAACCGAGAAGGGGCUGCCACUGUGUGGAAAAUCUGUCCAGUUUUCAAAGGUGUAGGCUAUGCAGUGAUACUCAUAGCACUUUACGUGGGUUUCUACUACAACGUUAUCAUAGCUUGGUCUCUGUAUUAUCUAUUUUCAUCAUUCACAUUCGAGCUCCCCUGGACAAAUUGCGACAACAGUUGGAACAGCCCAAACUGUACAGAUCCCAAACUCUUCAAUGCAUCAGUGCUUGGCAAUGGUACCAAAUACUCGAAGUACAAGCUCACUCCUGCAGCUGAAUUUUAUGAGCGAGGAGUUCUGCACCUGCAUGAAAGCCGUGGAAUCCAUGACCUUGGCUUGCCUCGCUGGCAACUUUCCCUCUGCCUCUUGGUGGUGGUAAUCAUUCUUUUCUUUAGUCUGUGGAAAGGCGUGAAGACUUCAGGAAAGGUUGUUUGGAUAACAGCCACUUUGCCUUAUGUUGUAUUAUUUGUCUUGUUAAUACAUGGAAUAACCCUCCCUGGUGCAUACAAUGGAAUAAAUGCAUACCUGCACAUAGAUUUCAGAAGAUUAAAAGAAGCCACA